CCUACCCUUGUGCAUCCCUCUGCGAUAAUGAUCAUGUGACGGUGACGUCACCCGGCCUCUCAUGCUGCUGUGGCUCAGUAAGGCAGCAGUAGCAGCGUAGCCGAGCCGUUCCUUUUCCUACCCUGGUAACAACAACAAACCUCCCCGUUCUGCUUGACAUAAACCCCGUUCCCGGUACUGUACCCCCGCAGAGACGUCACUGGUGCUGUAGGGAUGCAGUCAGAGGACGCCAGAUACCUAAAGAGGAAAGUGAAAGGUGGAAACAUAGAUGUACAUCCAAGUGAGAAAGCUCUUGUUGUUCACUAUGAAGUGGAGGCUACUAUUCUUGGGGAGAUGGGUGACCCAAUGCUGGGUGAGCGAAAGGAGUGCCAAAAAAUCAUUCGUCUGAAAAGUCUCAAUGCCAAUACUGAUAUUUCCUCUCUGGCGAGGAAAGUAGUUGAAGAAUGUAAACUCAUCCAUCCUUCCAAACUGGCUGAAGUGGAACAGCUGCUCUAUUAUCUUCAGAAUCGGAGAGAUGGCUUAAUCAGUAAAGAAAAUAAAGAAAAGAAGAACAAUAAACCAAAGGAUCCACCGCCCUUUGAGGGAAUGGAGAUUGAUGAGAUUGCUAAUAUUAAUGAUAUGGAUGAAUACAUUGAACUGCUGUAUGAAGAUAUUGCAGAUAAAGUUCGAGGAUCUGCUCUAAUUCUUCAGCUCGCAAGGAACCCAGACAAUUUGGAGGAAUUGCUACUAAAUGAAACUGCCCUUGGAGCACUUGCUAGAGUAUUAAGGGAAGACUGGAAACAAAGUGUAGAAUUAGCUACUAAUAUAAUUUAUAUCUUCUUCUGUUUCUCCAGUUUCUCUCAGUUUCAUGGGCUAAUUACUCACUAUAAGAUUGGAGCACUUUGCAUGAACAUCAUCGACCAUGAGUUGAAACGACAUGAACUCUGGCAAGAAGAGUUAGCCAAAAAGAAGAAAGCAGUUGAUGAUGAGCCAGAGACACCAUUAUUGAAAAAAGAUUAUGAAAAGACAUACAAAAAAUACCAGGGACUUCUCAUCAAGCAGGAACAGCUGUUACGAGUUGCCCUCUACUUAUUGCUCAAUCUUGCUGAAGACACUCGCACUGAAUUGAAAAUGAGAAACAAGAACAUUGUUCAUAUGUUAGUUAAAGCACUGGACAGAGAUAACUUUGAACUUCUUAUACUUGUGGUAUCAUUCCUGAAAAAGCUCAGCAUCUUUCUGGAAAACAAGAAUGACAUGGCUGAAAUGGAUAUUAUAGAAAAAUUGUCUAAAAUGGUGCCAUGUGAGCAUGAGGACCUGCUGAACAUAACCUUGCGGCUUCUUCUGAACCUUUCCUUUGACACUGGCUUGAGAAACAAAAUGGUACAAGUUGGACUUCUUCCCAAGCUCACAGUCCUUUUAGAAAAUGAAAACUACAAGCAAGUUGUUAUGUGUAUUCUUUAUCAUAUAAGUAUGGAGGAUCGCUGUAAAUCUAUGUUUGCUUAUACAGACUGCAUACCUCAGUUAAUGAAGAUGCUGUUCGAGAGUUCUGAUGAACGCAUUGACCUUGAACUAAUUUCCUUCUGCAUAAAUCUUGCUGCUAAUAAAAGAAAUGCUCAGUUAAUAUCUGAAGGAAAUGGAAUGAAAAUGCUGAUGAAAAAAGCUCUGAAAUUUAAGGAUCCCUUGCUAAUGAAGAUGAUCAGGAAUAUUUCUCAGCAUGACGGACCAACUAAAAUUUUGUUCAUUGACUAUGUUGGGGACUUAGCAGCUCAGAUAUCAAAUGAUGAAGAAGAAGAAUUUGUAAUAGAAUGUCUUGGAACACUUGCAAACCUCACUAUUAGUGAUUUGGACUGGGAACUGGUUCUUAAAGAAUACAAGCUUGUCCCUUACCUCAAGGAUAAACUUAAGCCAGGAUCUGCAGAAGAUGAUCUUGUGCUGGAAGUGGUAAUAAUGAUAGGAACCGUGUCCAUGGAUGACUCCUGUGCUGCCCUACUGGCAAAAUCUGGAAUUAUUCCAGCACUUAUUGAGCUACUGAAUGCCCAGCAAGAAGAUGAUGAGUUUGUAUGUCAAAUUGUGUAUGUCUUUUACCAAAUGGUUUUCCAUCAAGCAACGAGGGAUGUCAUCAUAAAAGAAACGCAGGCUCCUGCUUAUUUGAUAGAUUUAAUGCAUGAUAAAAAUGCAGAGAUCCGAAAAGUGUGUGAUAACACCCUCGAUAUCAUAGCGGAAUAUGAUGAAGAAUGGGCAAAAAAAAUACAGAGUGAGAAAUUCCGCUGGCACAACUCUCAGUGGCUUGAAAUGGUUGAGAGCCGACAAAUGGAUGAAAAUGAGCAAUAUCUUUACGGAGAUGAACCUAUUGAACCAUUUAUCCAUGAAGGAGACAUUCUGGAAAGACCUGACUUGUAUUACAGUGCAGAAGGACUGAUGCCACCUGAAGGCGCAGUGAGCCCAGACUUUUUCAAUGACUAUCAACUUCAAAAUGGUGACCUUAUUGGGCAGCAUUCUUUCAGCACUGGGAUUGGGGUUGAUAGCUUUGGCCAAGCUGCUGGUAUGCCUGGGCGACCUACAACAGCAUAUGGAUACCGGCCAGAUGAACCCUACUAUUAUGGACUUGGGACACGAUAGUGACUAAUCACCCAACACUUCAGAGCCUGCUAAAGCUAACAAACCAGGCUAGGGGCUGUGUUGAACCAUCUAUGUGCAGUCCUUAUGUGCUUUCUUCUAAUGCGGUUUAAUAAAUAAUACUUAAACUCGCCAAAUGGUACCAAACUACAUUUGCUUUCAUAACAGACAUGAAUAGCUUAAAGAAAACAGUUGCAGGAUAUGUAAUAACUGAUGGUAGGUACUUCUGGGGACUAAGCAUUCUGAAUUAUUGUGAAAUAAUCUUUCCCAGGCUGUUCUAUGUUUCAUAUUUAUAUCUAAGGUAACAUAGUUCUAAUGAAAGUGUCCUGUAUUAUUUAAAUAUCUCAACAUUUUGCUCAUGAAAGUAAAGCAUUUAAAAAGUGUACUUUAUUGUACUUUCUUCAGACAAUGCAUUUCAGUUCCCAGCAACACUUAUGUAGAUGUGAUGGAAGUGCAGUCACUGCUAGAAGCCAGUCCCAGUGUAAGUCUUUAACAAUAUUUUUUCAUUUGAAAACUGUUUUGUUUCAUGAGUUGAAUUCGGAUUUAAAAUAAAAUGUAAGGUGGAGCUACUCCUUCAUGAACCCUUCCAAGUGUCUUGUGUAUAUUGUGUUUGUGCAGAUUAAAGUUUACAAUAGGAAUCUGGCUAUAUACUGUAUAUACAGCAUAAUAUAUCAGCACAUUCCUGGAAUAAAAUGAUGACCAAGUA